CCCGCAGCUCCCGCCUGGCCCCUUCGCCGCCGGCUGCCCUUCGCCCAGCGCCCAGGCCGGGGCCAAGCCGAGCCGGGUCGGGCCCGGGCCAUGCUGCUCACCGUGUACUGUGUGCGGAGGGACCUCUCCGAGGUGACCUUUUCCCUCCAGGUCGACGCCGACUUCGAGCUGCACAACUUCCGCGCGCUGUGCGAGCUCGAGUCCGGCAUCCCCGCCGCCGAGAGCCAGAUUGUCUAUGCAGAGAGACCGCUCACCGACAACCAUAGGUCACUGGCUUCCUACGGCUUAAAAGAUGGUGAUGUUGUAAUUUUACGACAGAAGGAGAAUGCAGACCCUCGUCCUCCAGUGCAGUUCUCAAACUUACCCCGGAUCGACUUCAGUAGUAUAGCUGUGCCUGGCACGUCAAAUCCCCAACAGCGCCAGCCGCCCAGAUCACAGGCUCAGCGCCCAUCUCCUGGGGAAAUAGCAUCGUCUCCUCAAGGCUUAGACAAUCCAGCCCUGCUCCGAGACAUGCUGCUGGCCAACCCGCAUGAACUGUCCUUGCUGAAGGAGCGUAACCCACCCCUGGCAGAAGCUCUGCUCAGUGGAGAUCUCGAGAAAUUCUCUAGGGUCCUGGUGGAGCAGCAACAGGACCGAGCCCGGAGAGAGCAAGAAAGGAUUCGACUGUUUUCUGCUGACCCCUUCGAUCUUGAAGCUCAGGCAAAGAUAGAAGAAGAUAUAAGGCAGCAGAACAUCGAGGAGAACAUGACGAUAGCUAUGGAGGAGGCUCCAGAGAGCUUCGGCCAGGUCGCCAUGCUUUACAUCAACUGCAGAGUGAAUGGGCAUCCUGUGAAAGCCUUCGUUGACUCAGGUGCCCAGAUGACUAUUAUGAGCCAGGCUUGUGCAGAAAGGUGCAACAUAAUGAGACUCGUGGACCGCCGGUGGGCUGGUAUUGCCAAAGGAGUGGGCACACAGAAGAUUAUUGGAAGGGUGCAUCUAGCUCAGGUUCAGAUUGAAGGUGACUUCCUGGCAUGUUCCUUCUCGAUUCUUGAAGAGCAGCCUAUGGACAUGCUUCUGGGACUGGACAUGCUUAAACGGCAUCAGUGUUCUAUUGACCUGAAGAAAAAUGUCCUAGUGAUUGGCACCACAGGCUCACAGACCACCUUCCUUCCUGAGGGGGAGUUACCAGAGUGUGCCCGCUUGGCAUAUGGAACUGGGCGAGAAGACAUACGGCCAGAGGAGAUUGCGGACCAAGAAUUAGCAGAAGCCAUUCAAAAAUCAGCAGAGGAUGCAGAGAAAAGCCGUAAAGAAUCUACCUCACUGGGAAUGUCACCAUUGCCGACUUCAGAUGGAUUCAACCAUGCAGCCCCUUCUUCAGGGCCAAGUCCCGAGGUUGGUAGCCCUACGAGUCUUGCCCGCUCUGUCUCUGCUUCAGUCUGCGCCAUCGAGCCCAGUGACCCCAAUAGCAUUGAAUCUCUAGCUAUGGAGGCGAUGAAGGCUUCAGCUGAAUUCCAGACAAACUCUAAGAAAACAGGUCCACCGCCUCCUCUGCAGGAUCUUCCUGAUCUUGCUCCCUCAGCAGACCAGAGUCCAGCUAGGCCUUUGCGUCAUUCAUCUGAAGAAGCACUUGCUGCAGGUAAUGUGGAGAGCUCUGCUGAGAGAAGAACGCAGGGCCUCAGAGUUUCUCUCCACACAAGACAGGGCGAUAGUUUGCCUCUCACAACUACUGGGAUGCAUGAGCCACAGGGAUUUGUGGAGGGAAGGAGUUGGCAUCCAGUAAACCCGAACCCAAGUCAAGUGAGUGGCCUUCAGCAGCACACAGACGCAGGGAGUGGGCAGCGUGAGGCUGGGCAGCAGAGUGCUCCACGUGAUCAGGAGUGUCUCUGUGACACAGAGGACCUUGAGCUUCAUGAGGAAAAUCAACAGGACCAAGAAGAAAUUGUCAAUUUGGAAGCUGUGAUGAAAGGCGAACUACAAACAAAUGCUCACCUUCCAUGUACAGAGACAAGUCUUCUAGCUUUAGGGCGCUGUAGCUGCUCAUACUCAGAAACCCUGAUGGAAGUGGAUACAAUUGAACAGUCUCUGGUUGCUGCGUGCAGCUCAAAAGGCAGGCAAAAUGCCAUGGUCAAGAGCCCUGGAGUAUCACAUCCCACUUCAGAUAGUCCCUUGAUGGAAGUGGAAACGCCACAGUAUAGCCCUUCCUGUGAACUUGUGGGACAUCCCAUCUUGUCUCAGGGUUUGCAGCCCCCAGAAGAUACUGUUGAAAUGUCAACGAUGGAUAGCAAAGAUGGCAGUUCCUCUUCCCCUCUAAGUGGCCAUGGUCAGCCCUCUGUGGAAUCAGCAGAAGAAUUUUGUCCAUCUGUCACAGUGGCCUUGAAAGAACUGCAUGAGCUUCUGGUCAUUAGCUGUAAGCCAGCUUCAGAAGGUGCACCUGAAGACACUGCCUGUCAGUCAGAGACGGGGGCAGAGAGCCAAACAAACGUUUUGGACCUUUCAGGAAGGACGGCCCAAAGUGAGCAUCUGAUCCUCAUUGACCAGUACCCACAAGUCUCCUGUCUCCAGGCCACCUCUGAAUUGGAAAAGACAGAAAUCACAGGCACCACACCUUGUGCUGGGAUAGAAGAUGAAGUAUCCACUAGUUUGAGAGGUCUGGGUGAUGGCUUGUCACCUGACCAAGAAGGUGGCCUCGGAUCCACCGAGUCAAUCAGGAAGAGCUGUUCUGUCGCCAUAACCACAGCCAAACCUUCUGAUCAGUUGCACUGCACCUCAGGUGUAGAAAUUUUCCCCAAACUUGCAGCAGGUGAGGGUGACCAUAGUCAGCCUUCUGAGCAUGUGCAGACUUUAGGCACAGACAGACCAGAGACCAACGAUGUCUGCCCUGGAGCUGCGCCACCCCUCCAUGGAGUGGACUCACGUGCCGCACAGCCCUCGUCUGCUCCCUCCACUCUCCCACCCUUCAUCUUUCCUGCUGCAGAUGUUGACAGAAUUCUUGGUGCCGGCUUCACUCUGCAGGAGGCCCUUGGGGCUCUGCAUCGUGUUGGUGGGAAUGCAGACCUUGCACUUCUUGUUUUGCUAGCAAAGAACAUUGUAGUCCCUACGUAAUUGUGGGGAAGGGGGCUAGACCGUAUUCCAUUCCCUUUGAGAAAGCCCUCUUCACACAAAUACAUUCACCCCACACACAUACAGUAUAUGUAGAAGCCUGCAAGCAAAAUGUUGAGCCAGAAUUUUUUUUCCGGCCAAAGUAAUUUAUGAUCUUUUGUCUGAUUAAUUUGUCUAUUCUAUUUGUUGAAAUUUGGGCCCUUUAAAAUGUAUUGGUAGUGUGUGCAUACAAAGCUUUUUAUUCUCCUUAAGAUGAUGUAUUCUGGAAUAAAACAGAUGGUUUUGUGUAUAGCAUACCAUUUUAGAAUGAGUGAGUGCUUUGAAAUGUGUGCAGCUAGGAACAGAUCCACUGCCCUCUGCAGCUCUGGCUGUGCUGUGUGCAGGAUGUGGCUUGUAACAGGAAGCUGGAGAAGAAUACAGUAACUUCUGGAGUUGUAUGUUUUGAUUUGUGUGCUCAGGGUUGACAUUUAAAUAGGGUAACUGGGAGGGCUUAAAACUUGGGGGCUGUCUUGUGCAUCAUUGGCUGCUGCAUGGAUUGAUUGCCAAAUACCUUCAUUCGUGGUCAUGGGUGGGGUAUGAGGGAUUCACGCUAGAGUGAAACCUGGUGCUACUUGUAUUCAAUAGGAAAGGGGAAAAAAUCAAUUCCAUUUGUAAAUGUCAAGGACUGUGAGGAAAAAAGAUAAUGGCAUAGACAAAACACUGGAAUGUACUGGAGAUAGGGUUUGGGGGCAUCUCACUGACACCCCAACAAAUGAUGAGUCCAGGUUCUGUUCAUAGGUUGGCCACCAGGAACCUACUGGCUUUCUAAACUCAUCUGCUAGUAAGUUCUUCCCACACUCAGUCUGAGCUCUGAGCUGAGUGAGACAGUGAGGUGGGGGAGCCUUUGUCCCUGUUUCUUUUGGUGCUUGGGUUGGUCAGUCUGUGAGUGUCUUUCAUGGCAGUGGAAAUACAACUGAAGUUCUAACUAUGGUGGCCUUGGUACAGUUUUCAUCCCUUUCUUUCCUCAGGAGUUUCUUUUCUAAGCAGGAUCCAUGUUUGUGUUCACCGUGUUGAGUUAGAGUGGGGCAGAAUGUGUAGAUGUGUUGAUCGUGGCCUUUUUAGUGUAAGCUCUCCCCUUGCAAGUCACUGUCCUAUGGCCCCCACUGUGCAAUAAUCCCUCCGGAUAGGUUGAAACGCAUCCUUUCCUGGGACAUAAACUGUUGUCUUGGGUGUCUGGCAGAAAUACAUGAUCUUACUUUUCUUAAAAAGGAUUUUCAGGAUAAUUCUUGGUUCCAAGUGAGAGUUUGCAGUUUGUUGAAAUCGAUUUUUGAA